AAUGUAAUGUUCAUCGACAAAGUGGAUCAUUGACUUCGUCCAUGAUUCAGCAGACUUAAGAGAAAUUAUUAAAGUGCAAUUAACUUUGAAUUCUAAUUGAAUUGCAAAUUCAACAGUAAACUGUUUACCAUAGAUAAUUCAAUUCCAUAGAAUGUUAAAUCUAUCUUAUAACUUGUCUAUGACAUUAGUUUAUAUUGGUUGAUUCUUACGAUGUAAUAUCGUUAUCAAUGUUAUGGAAGUUGUAAGAAAUUGCAUAUGAUAAGUUUUAUUAUAAACUUUGUUAAUUUGCGAAUUUGUUAAAUGAAACAUGAAACGUCCUUUGGAGGAUCAAAUGGAUGUGUUCGAAAAGAAUCCAUUAGUGUUUCUAGAUGUUGCGAUUGGAACAGAAAAAGGUACUUGGGAAUAGAAAUUAAAUAAUUUCGGCACAAGGAAGAUUGUUUCAUUCUAUGGCGCGCGAUUAACAAUUAUUUGAGUGUCUUUCAUAAAGUCGUUCUCGUACGUUUAAUGCUUGUGGGAAGGAUUGUGAUAGAACUAUUUAAGGAUGUUACACCACGAACGGCGGAAAAUUUUCGAGCUUUGUGUACGGGAGAAAAGGGAAAUGGUACUAAUAAUAAGAAAUUACAUUACAAAGGAUCCAUAUUUCAUAAAGUGAUACCUCAGUUUAUGAUUCAAGGAGGAGAUAUUAUUAAUUUUGAUGGAACUGGCGGUGAAAGUAUAUAUGGUCCACAUUUUGAGGAUGAAUCUUUUCAAAUUUCACAUUCGCAAGGAGGAUUAUUGAGCAUGGUAAAUGAAGGUCAUCCUGAUAGCAACAGUUCUCAGUUCAUCAUCACUACUGUUCCUUGCAUACAUUUAGAUAAUACUAAUGUAGUUUUUGGCAAAGUUAUAAAAGGUAUGGGAAUAGUAACAGAAAUUAAUAACGUACCAGUUGUCAAGGAUCUGCCUGUUGAGAAAAUUUGUAUAAUUAAUUGUGGAGAAUUGAAAAGAGGAGAAAAUUGGAACUUGGAGGAAAAUGAUGGUUCAGAAGAUAUAUAUACCCCAUGGCCAGAAGACUGGGAUUAUGCAUUGUAUACUGAUAGACUAACCUACAAGUAUGUCUCAGAGGUUAUUAAAAAAAUAAAAGAUUCGGGAAACAGUUAUUUUUCAAUGAAGAAUUAUGUAGAUGCAGGCAGAAAGUAUAAAAAAGCAUUGCGUUAUUAUGAAUGGAUGAUAAGAUUGAGUGAUAUGCCUGACACUUUAGGUGAUUCUGCAACAGGUCUUAAAGUAACAACAAUAUUAAAUCUAGCUGCUGUACAAUUGAAAAAAAAAGAUUAUCGCAGUACAGUUAAAUUAUGUAAUGAGGUGUUGGAAAUAGAUCCAUCGAAUGGUAAGGCAUUUUUUCGAAGAGGACAAGCAUACAUGGGUCUAAAUGAAUACGAAGCUGGUUUGGCAGACUUAAAACAUUCACUUGCAGAAUGUCCCAACAAUAAAGACAUUUUAAAAGAAAUUGAAAAAGUAAAGAAGGUGAUGAAUUCCUAUUUAGCAGUAGAAAAAGCCACCUGUCAAAGAAUGUUCAAAAACUAACAUAGUAAUUUUAAUAAUAUAUUGUGUCAGGAUAAUAGGAUUUAUAAUAGUAAUGAAUACAAACAUGACAAUUAUGGUAUGUGUCUGAAGUACAAAUUAGUAUAAAAAGAUAAAUUCGCAUUACAUAGUUUUUUCAACUAUAAGAAACAUAAAUGUUAUCGCAUUAAAAAAUUUGCAUAUUGUUGAAUUACUUGUAAUCAUAAAUAUAAUAAUAAAUAGUCUGUAAGAAAUAAGUGCUGUAUACAUACACAACUUCUACGAUUCAGUAGACUGUAGGUGCUUUGUAUAAUUACAAAGUAAAUAAAAUAUUUGGGGUGUAAAAUAAAUACAAAU